AUGAGCCUCCUCUCACUGGACUCGGAGGACUCCUCCAGCCUCCUGGAGCUGGCAGCCAACAACGACGUGGAGGCCUUCAAGCUCUGCAUCGAGCGCAGCAGCAGCUCAUCCUCUGUGGACGAGAUCGGCCUCUGGUACGGCCGCAAGAAGGGCUCCAAUCAGAUGGUCCUGGAUUACCGGACGCCGCUCAUGGUCGCCGCCACCUACGGGAGCGUGGAGAUCCUGGAGCUGAUCCUCUCCCUCGUCAACGAUGUUGACAUCAACCGCUGCUGCGGCUCCGACAAGACGACGGCGCUCCACUGCGCCGCAUCCGGCGGAUCCGUCAACGCCGUUGACGCCGUGAAGGUCCUCCUCCUAGCCGGUGCCGAUCCGGAGUCCGUCGACGCCGCCGGCCGCCGCCCCUCCGACGUCAUCGUCGUCCCCCCGAGGGUUCCCCAUCUGAGAGCUUCCCUGGAAGUUCUGCUCGGACCAUCCUCUUCAACCGCCGCCGUCCACUCUGCCGGAAGCGGGGACGACUUCUCCCACCUUCCGAGUUCACCCGACGACUCGGACUCGGUUUCCUCUCCGACGGCGGAGAAGUCCCACGAGAUUCCGCCGGCGGCGGCGGCUGCGGCGGCGGCAACGGAGAAGGAGAAGAGGGAGUACCCCGUGGAUCCUUCCCUGCCGGACAUCAAGAACAGCAUCUACGCUACGGACGAAUUCAGGAUGUUCUCCUUCAAGGUUCGCCCCUGCUCGAGGGCCUACUCCCACGACUGGACCGAGUGCCCCUUCGUCCACCCGGGGGAGAACGCUCGCCGGCGAGAUCCGAGGAAGUAUCACUACAGCUGCGUCCCUUGCCCCGACUUCCGCAAGGGAGCUUGCCGCAGAGGGGACCUCUGCGAGUACGCCCACGGGGUGUUCGAGUGUUGGCUUCACCCGGCGCAGUACCGCACCAGGCUCUGCAAGGACGGUACUGGCUGCACGCGCAGGGUUUGCUUCUUCGCGCACACUGCCGACGAACUCCGCCCUCUGUACGUCUCCACCGGCUCGGCAGUGCCGUCACCACGGUCCUCGAGCUCUGCGGCGGCGGCGGCGAUGGACAUGGCAGCGGCGAUGAGCUUGCUGCCGGGUUCUCCUUCCUCGGUCUCGGUAAUGUCCCCGUCGCCCUUCACGCCGCCCAUGUCACCCUCUACAGGGAACGGGGGUAUCCACUCCACCAUGGCCUGGCCGCAGCCGAGCGUGCCCACUCUGCAUCUACCAGGGAGCAAUCUACAGUCGAGCAGGCUGCGGUCGUCACUCAGCGCGAGGGACAUCCAGGUGGACGAGUUCUCGGUGCUGCCUGAUUUCGACGCCCAGCAGCUGUUGAACGAGUUCCCGAGUUUCUCUUCCGCCCAGCAGAGCCGCCUGGGCAGCAGCCGCGCGGGAGUGGGGAGGACGAAGAGCCUCGCCCCGUCCAAUCUGGAGGAUCUCUUCUCCAUGGAGAUGCCUCCGUCUCCUCGGUACAGCUCCGACCAGGUGCCCGUCUUCUCCCCGUCCCACAAGGCCGCCGUUCUCAACCAGUUUCAGCACCAGCAGCAGCAACAGCAGCACCAGCAGCUCCAGCAGCAGCAACAGCAGCACCAGCAGCUCCAGCAGCAGACUUUGCUCUCGCCUAUCAACACGAGCAGCGUCUUCUCCCCGAAGACGGCGGAACCAGGGCACAACUCUUUUCUGCAGGCCUCCUUCGGGAUGAUGUCCCCGGGGAGGAUGUCUCCCCGGGGAGUGGAGCCCAUGUCACCCAUCAAUAGUCGGUUAGUCAGCUUCACCCAUCGGGAGCAGCAGCAGCAGCAGCAGCAUCUUCGGAGCCUCAGCUCGAGGGAGCUGGGAUCGCCGGCGAACUCCGCCGGUGAGCUCUGGUCCCGGUGGGGCUCCCCGGGGGGGAAGGUCGAUUGGGGUCCCAACGGCGACGGACUGGCCGCUGCUGGUGGUGGCGGCGGCGGCGGUGGCCGAUUCAAGCGGUCGUCCUCCUUCGAGACUUUGUGCUGCUCCGGCGGGGAGGAGCCAGACGUGUCGUGGGUUCAGUCGCUGGUGAAGGAGCCCUCGCCGGAGAUGAAGAGCAAGAUGAUCGCCUCCUCGUCUCUGGAGGCCAACUCGGCUGGCAACGGCGAGUCUCAGAUGGACGCCAUGGAUCACGCCGUUCUUGGUGCCUGGAUGGAGCAGUUGCAGCUGGAUUGA